CUAGCGGCACCCGUUGCAGACACGCCGCUUGCCGUGUAGCCGGGUCCCGGCCGCACGGCAGCGGAGCGGAGCGAGGCAGGGCGGAGGAGAAGAGCCGGUCCGCAUCCUCGGGCAGGCAGCCGCCUUCCUCCCCGGCUCCGCGCGGCCGCAGCCGCUCAGUGCAAGAGGCAGCAGAGGGGAAGGCAGAGCAGAGGCGCUGCUCCUCCCUCCCCCGGCCGGAUAUAUAGUACCAGACCCACAGGAGGAGGAGGAGAGCGGCUUGUAAUAUUUUUUCUUCCUUUCUUUUUCAUUUAUUUUUCCCUCCUCUCUUUCUUUGCUGGGAGUUGCUUGUGUGCUAGGGAAGGUGGGGGCAGCGGUUUGGAGACAGGAAUUACUCGGAAAAACGGUACCUUGUGCAGGAAGUUAAAGGAAGAACAGAACAAAUCAGCACCAUGUCUUCAGUCUCAGCUUAUUACAAUGGAAAGAACGUUCUUAUCACAGGAGCUACAGGUUUCAUGGGCAAAGUACUGAUGGAAAAGCUUCUGCGCUCCAGCCCUGAUGUGAAAGCGGUUUAUAUACUUGUCAGACCAAAGGCUGGACAGUCAAUGCAAGAGAGAGUGGCCAACAUGUUGAAAUGCAAGGUCUUUGACAGGGUCCGAGAAGAUUGCCCUAAUUUCCACGAGAAGAUUAAGCCUAUUAAUGCUGAACUCACUCAGCCCAAGCUGGCCAUCAGUGCUGAAGAUGAAGAGGAGCUUCUGACCCGGAUCAAUAUUGUCUUCCAUUGUGCAGCAACAGUUCGCUUUGAUGAACCCCUGAAACAUGCCCUGCAACUGAAUGCGUUGGGCACGCAGCGACUUCUAGAGCUGGCCCGGCAGAUGCAGAACCUUGAGGCCUUCAUCCAUAUCUCUACUGCCUAUGCAAACUGUGUCCGGAAAUGCAUAGAUGAAAUCAUCUACCCACCCCCAGCAGAACCCAAGAAGCUCUUUGAUUUAAUAGAGUGGCUGGAUGAGUCUAUCAUUGAAGACAUUACACCCAAGCUGCUCGGUGACUGGCCUAACACUUACACCUACACCAAAGCCUUGUCAGAAUACUUGAUUCAGCAAGAGAAAGGAAACCUGAACAUUGCUAUCAUCAGGCCAUCCAUUGUGGGAGCUAGCUGGCAUGAGCCUUUCCCAGGUUGGAUUGACAACUUCAAUGGCACAAGUGGAAUAUUUAUUGCGGCAGGCAAAGGGAUUCUCCGGACUGUCAUUGCCAACAACGAAGCAGUGGCAGAUAUGAUCCCAGUAGACGUUGCCAUCAACCUCACGCUUGCAGCCGGGUGGUACACUGCUGUGCACAGACCAAAAAACAUGUUGGUGUACAACUGCACAACAGGUGGAAUCAACCCUUUCUUCUGGGGAGAAAUGGAACAGUAUGUUAUGUCCACAUUCAAAAGGAACCCGCUGGAGCAGGCCUUCCGAACACCCAAUGCUCACUUGACGUCCAACUACUUGAUAAACCAGUACUGGAUAACUGUCAGUCACAAGGCUCCAGCCAUACUCUAUGACCUGUACAUGAGGCUCACGGGGAGAAAGCCCAGAAUGAUGAAGAUUAUCAAUCGACUGCACAAGUCUAUGACACUCCUGCAGUAUUUUUCCACCCAGUCCUGGGACUGGUCUUCAGAGAAUAUGAAUAUGUUAAUGAGUCACCUUAACACAGAGGACAAAAAGUUAUACAACUUUGAUGUUCGUCAGCUGCACUGGUCAGAAUACAUUGAAAGCUACUGCCUAGGCGCUAAGAAGUACUUGCUAAAUGAGGACAUGGCUGGCAUUCCAGCAGCAAAGCAGCACUUACGAAAGCUGAGGAACAUCCGAUAUGCAUUCAACACCACCCUUCUUGUUAUCAUCUGGCGCAUCUUCAUUGCAAGGUCACAGAUGGCUCGAAACAUCUGGUACUUUGUGGUGAGCCUCUGCUACAAGUUCCUUUCCUACUUCAGGGCAUCCAGCACCCUCAGGCACUGAAGCCAUCCAUCAGCAACCAGCCUCUUUCAGAAGGACCCUCCAUCUCGUCUAAUCAGCAGCUAUGGGCAUCGGGGUCUGAAAGUAGCAGAAAAAUCCAAUCCCUCCAACAGCAGCCUGCAUUUAUUGUGCAUUUAUUAUUCACCUUUUUAAUUUUAACUAAUGCUUUAAUACAUGGUGGUCUUUCUUCCA